CUCAUCCCUUACAAAAACAAAACUCACCAAAGAAUUCUAAGCUUCCCAGCAAACAUAAUGAAAGGUUCUAAUUUCCUCGUAGCUCUUGCUUUCUUGGCUUUGGCUUCCUCAUUUGCCAUUGCUUAUGACCCUAGCCCUCUCCAUGACUUCUGUGUGGCAACUGAUGAUGCUAGCUCUGGUGUGUUGGUGAAUGGAAAAUUUUGCAAGGACCCAGACCAUGUCACAGCAGAUGAUUUCUUCUAUUCUGGGCUUAAUAUUGCCAGCGAAACUUCCAAACAACUUGGAGCACGUACCAACCUUUUGACUGUGGAUUCGAUACCAGGACUUAAUACUAAUGGCCUAUCCAUUGUUCGUAUCGAUUAUGAAGCAAAUGGUGGACUAAACCCACCCCACCAUCACCCUCGAGCUUCAGAGAUCUUAACUGUCUUGGAAGGAACUUUGUAUGCUGGUUUUAUCACAUCCAAUCCUGAUCAUCGUGUUUUUGCCAAAGUUCUCAAGGCAGGAGAUGUUUUUGUAUUUCCAUUUGGACUCAUUCACUUCCAGUUGAAUAUUGGAAAAAAUCCUGCAGUUGCCAUAGCAGCAUUAAACAGUCAAAAUCCAGGAGUUGUGACAACAGCAAAUACAGUUUUUGGAGCUAGCCCAUCCAUUAAUCCUGAUGUUCUAACAAGAGCAUUCCAUCUUGACAAGGAUUUAGUCACCAAACUUCAGAGACAAGAAUGGGUGAAUCCAUCAGAUCUUAACAGCUAUUCUUGAAUUUAUUCAAGCAAAUGUCAUCAUUUAGGUCAUUUGAUCACUAUUAAUUGUAAUAAAUAAAAAGGAAAAUUCAUGUUGUUUGUAUUCAUCUUCCAAUGUAUUGAUUAAUAAUAAAGGUAAUAAGAUAUGCCUAUUGCCUCUUUCAAUAAUU